AUGGCCCAGGCUGUUGAGGCUGCAGCAGCUGCUGCCAUGAAUGGAAAUCAAGCCAAUAUUGGGCAGGCUCAGGCAGCCGGGAAUAGGCAAAUGCAUCAAAAAGGUGUCCCCGAGGCUGCACCGAGAUGGGUAGAGGAACUGGAAAAGGCGUUUGAGGUAUUAAGGUGCACCGAGCAGGAGAAGGUGACCCUAGCGUUAUACCAGUUGCAGGAAAAUGCGAAUGAUUGGUGGAAGGCCACCAGGGGUAGAGUAUUUCCGGAAGGUGUCGCCCAGACUUGGGCAACAUUUAUAGAAAGUUUCUAUGGGAAAUACUUCUCGGAUAGUGCCAGGGAAAGGAAGAUAGCAGAGUUUAUGCGACUCCGCUAA